GGUAGUGUAGCAUUUACAAACAUUCCUACUGGGUCCCAAACCAGAUGGAUUUGGUGUUAGUUAAGUGGUUAUUUGUUUAGCGGUAAUGAUUUAAUACACGCAGUUAUUUUAUUUUAUCAUGAAUCUUAGAGGGCUGUUCCAGGAUUUUAAUGUCAGCAAAUUCCUCAUUUAUGCCUCCUUGUUGUUGUUCUCUGUGCUGCUGGCUCUGAGGCUGGAUGGAGUUAUCCAGUGGAGCUGCUGGGCUGUGUUCGCUCCCAUCUGGCUGUGGAAGCUCAUGGUCAUCAUCGGUGCCACUGUUGGUACUGGUGUGUGGGCUCACAACCCUCGUUACAGAGCGGAGGGUGAGACAUCUGUGGAGUUCAAAGCCAUGCUGAUAGCAGUGGGCAUCCACAUUCUUCUGCUGAUGUUUGAAGUACUGGUGUGUGACAAAAUGGAGAGAGUCACAUCUGACCACGUCUGGCUACUCGUCUUCAUGCCUCUCUUUUUUGUCUCACCUCUGUCAGUGGCAGCUUGUGUGUGGGGAUUCCGCCAUGACCGAUCACUGGAGCUGGAGAUUAUGUGCUCAGUCAAUAUUCUUCAGUUCAUUUUUAUUGCCUUGAAGCUGGACGGUAUCAUCAGUUGGUCCUGGCUAGUUGUGUGUGUGCCGCUGUGGAUCCUCAUGUCUUUCCUCUGUCUGGUGGUUCUCUAUUAUAUCGUCUGGUCCAUGCUCUUCCUCCGCUCCGUGGACAUCAUCGCAGAGCAGCGUCGCACAUACAUCACUAUGGCUGUGAGCUGGAUGACCAUAGUGGUGCCACUCCUCACCUUCGAGAUUUUGCUGGUUCAUAAACUGGAUGAACAUAACGGCUUGAGUUAUGUGUCUGUGUUUGUGCCUUUGUGGGUCUCACUGGUCACUCUCAUGACCACCACCUUCAGACAAAAAGGCGGGAAUCACUGGUGGUUUGGCAUCCGCAAAGACUUCUGCCUUUUCCUGCUGGAGCUCUUACCCUUCCUGCGAGAGUACGGCAACAUCUCCUACAAUCUGCAGCAUGAUGAAUCUGAAGCCUUUGAGGAGAUGCCAGCUGCACCUGAACCUCUGAAAACUGCCCCCAUGUUCCUCCACAAAGAGGUGGAAAUCAUGCCAAGUCCUGGGAGAUAUUUUGACCCUCCCCCUAAACUGUGCAUAGACAUACCUGACUGAAAGUAGCUGUGCUCAUCUCUCAGAACUGUACAGAGAUUACAGGAGAAGACUGGGAACAAAGACUCUGAUCUCUUUCCAGGAUCUAUUUUCUGACCAUUUUGCAGGGGUACUUGAUGACUUUUUGAGGAUAAAGGACGAAGAGGACAUUAUAAAAAGCCGGUUUCAGUAGUGAAGGUACUGGUAUCACUACUACAUUUCCAGUGGCCAUGAUUUUUUGAGAGAGUGCCAGCCAGCUGAAUGCCAAAUUGAGGCUGAUUCCUCAGACAUACGGACAAUAUUUUGUGCAGCUGUGAAGGUUGAAAUUCAUGUUUCACCAGACAGUGAGGAUGGUUUGUGUUCAUCUGUUUAUUUUUUAAUCAUGAAAACAGGACAGCACUUUAUAUCAUUGAUAUUGGCGCUUGCUUUUGUUGAGCAUAUAGACAGCAUCUCUGUUAUCCAGAAGGAUUUAUAUUACUUAUUUCUUCUCAUACAACUGCUGUCUUAGAGCCUUCAGAAUGCUACAACACUGAAACAUCUGCUCUAUUUUGAAGGGAAUUUUGAAUAUUGUCAGAUUUUAAGCUUUAUCAAGUUAUUCUUUUUCUGUAGAGUUCCUUAAAAUGUGUCACAGAUUUUUUAACAGAAUGUUGCUUUUUUCGCAAUUCGUCCUGGGACCAGUUUCCCCAAAGCAUUGUAGUGUGAAAGUAUGAGUGAUGAUUUACUAUACCAUCUUUAAAUGAUCAUUCGGGUUAAAGGUUUUUAGGAAACUUGCCACUGGCUGAUGGCUCAGUCGUAGUUGCUUAAGCCCCUCAUGUUGCAGGAUAGACUGAUGGUGAUUGCGCUCAGCUGGCCUGAGCCUCAUCAUUACAAUGCUGCUGUCUUUAAUUGGAUCAGUUCUAUGAUGUUCUCUCGAUUGUUUUAUUUUACCCAUCAGUAAGCCCCUUUUUACUUAAUCUUUUUUAAUCACUGUCAGUUAACCAUCUGUUAAGAAAUAUUGAUUCUCAUUGAACUGACAUCAAGCGUUAUGCAUGUGCAUUUUUAUGCUAUACAUUGUACUGCUGUUUCACUGUAUAAAGAUUUUUGUAACAGA